GACAGAGGUGCUGUCUGACAAGUGCCUGGGCAGGGCUGUGCUCCGCAUCCUUGGGUCCUGGGUGAAGCUCUGCAGAAAUCUGCCCUGCUGAAUGCCUCGAGAGCUGCUCCGAGCCACCUGCUUGCAGUAGCCAGGUGACGUCUGCAAGGCGUGCCGACGGCCUGAGAAGCAUGAGGCUGUGGUGCUGGGAGCCCUGAGGAGCGCCGGGCUCACAGGAGGGAUGUUACGGUGGGCGGUGCACCUGGAAGGUGGGCCACGCAGGGUGAACCACGCGGCCGUGGCCGUGGGGCACAAGGUGUACUCCUUUGGUGGGUAUUGCUCUGGAGAAGACUAUGAGACGCUGCGGCAGAUCGACGUGCACGUUUUUAAUGCAGUGUCCCUGCGCUGGAUCAAGCUGCCUCCAGUGUGGACAAACAGCCGUGAUCAAGUGAGAGAGGUGCCCUACAUGAGGUACGGGCACUCAGCAGUGCUCAUCGACGACAUCGUCUACAUAUGGGGAGGCCGCAACGACACCGAGGGCGCCUGCAAUGUGCUCUAUGCCUUUGAUGUCAACACGCACAAGUGGUUCACGCCAAAGGUGUCUGGAAUGGUCCCAGGAGCAAGAGACGGGCACUCAGCUUGCGUCCUGGCAAAGAGCAUGUUUAUCUUUGGAGGCUAUGAACAGCUGGCUGACUGCUUUUCAAACGACAUCCAUAAAUUGGACACCACAAACAUGAUGUGGACCUUAAUCUCUGCCAAGGGUACACCAGCUCGCUGGAGAGACUUCCAUUCAGCUACCAUCAUUGGAACAAAGAUGUAUGUAUUUGGGGGCAGAGCUGAUCGUUUUGGGCCAUUUCACUCCAACAACGAGAUCUACUGUAACCGCAUUAAAGUGUUUGAUACAGAAACAAACUCCUGGCUGGACUCCCCUCCCACUCCAGUGCUCCCUGAAGGUCGCCGGAGCCAUUCAGCAUUCAGCUACAAUGGGGAGCUCUACGUAUUUGGUGGCUACAACGCGCGCCUGAACAGACACUUCCACGACCUCUGGAAAUUCAAUCCAGUUUCCCUUUCAUGGAGGAAGAUUGAGCCCAAGGGGAAAGGCCCAUGUCCUCGACGCCGGCAGUGCUGCUGCAGAGUAGGGGACAAAAUCAUCCUCUUUGGAGGCACCAGCCCAUCUCCGGAGGAGGGCAUGGGCGAUGAAUUCGACCUGAUGGAUCACUCAGAUCUCUACAUCCUCGACUUCAGCCCUAGCCUAAAGACGUUGUGUAAGCUAGCAGUGAUCCAGUACAGCCUGGACCAGUCCUGCCUUCCCCACGACAUCAGAUGGGAGCUCUCGGCCAUGACAACGAACAGCACCAUCAGCCGCCCCAUCGUCUCCUCGCAGGGCUGAUGCUGGCUCAGCCUUCUAUCACCCUGUACUCACCCCUCCACACACUGACCUCUUGCUCCACUGCCUGCAUGAAUUUUUAGCCCUUUCAAGCAAGGAACCUACGUGAGCUCUGUUUGUCUUGCCCCAGCCAGGCCUCCUUGGGCCCUUGUUGCAUUCAGGGCAGCAUGGGUGUGCAGGCAGAGCGUGCCCCUGGGGAAGAAAUCUGCGUGCCCCAGCAGCACAGCGGUGAACCCCCAUCCUCGCCUGAAGAACUGCAGCCGCACUGGCCUGGUGCCCUGCCAGUAAGGGCCUGAAUUGACUCCUGCUGCCAGCCCCAGGCUCAGAACUAUUCCUGUGCUGCCUCGUAAUCAUGAUGACGUUUGUGCCUGCACCCAGUGGUGCUGAGCUGCCCCCAGCACUUGCUUGCAGGCCCAGGGUGGAGCUGAGCCCCUGCACCCAACAUGGGGGCUCUGCUGCCUGGCUCAGGUUGUAACACAGUGACCAGUGGGCGUUUUAUAAACACUGAGGUGGAAGUUG